AGCAAGCACACGGCGACCAACAUGACGAUCGGCGGCCUGGAUGGACCUCUAUCUCAUUCGUCAUGGAGAGACAGUAGAUAAUGUAGCGGGUCUCUAUGCAGGCGUGACAGACUCUGCCCUCACCAACCAUGGUGUUGAGCAAACCAAGCGACUGGGCGCGCAUUUCGCAAAGGAUGGCAUCAUAGCCACCCAUGUGUUCGCAAGCCCUCUUUCGCGUGCCUUCAAGACUGCACAGGCGAUUCUGGAAGCGCAGCCUCCCGCAGAGCCUGCCAUUGAGAUCACGAAAGUCCCAGAGCUGAUAGAGCAAGACUUUGGCUACUACGAAAAGAAGGCGUUCCAAGCACGUACAGUCGCUCGAAAGAGUGGAAGAGAAGCUCACCGCGAGCGCCAUCUGAAUGAUCCCGGCUUCGUGGAUGUAGAGAGUAAAGAGGCGAUGAAUAACAGGGCAGACAUCUUCUUGGACCAGCAUCUCCUGCCACUGGUGGGAAAGAUGGAUCCACAUGGCAAAUCAGUUGUCGUCGUCGUGUCCCACGGCAUCAUACUUUCGCACUUGUGGAGAAGGCUCCUGUUGAAACUCCCACCAAGAAGCGUGACAGUCGCGCCUGAAGUAACAUCUGCGAAAGGUAGCAUCGUCCUUCAGCAUCUCGGAGGGUGGUCCAAUACUGGCUACCUUGAGCUUCACUUGACAGAAGAGCCAGAGUAUGCACGAGGCGAAAGUGCUCCUGCAACUGCAACUCCAUUGCAUCCUCCUUCGAGCGGAGACGUGACUAACAUAGAAGAAUCGGCCUCCGACGUGAUGAAGUUGCACAAACACAAGCUGCUUAUCGUGUCCGUCGAUCGCAAAGAUCACCUUGUCGGUCUGAAAAGACAGCGUGGCGGCAUCGGCCGUUCCAAACACGACGAGGGGCAGCAGAAGCUCGAUGGAUUCUUCAAGCGUCAAAGGAAAGGCUGAGCUGUUCAAGAAGCUCUCAAACGGAUCCGACCGCUCUCCAUAGCCGCGCCUCUCUGGACCUUUGGCAAUAUGCUUGCCCAACCAAUGGCUUCCACCACAUCUAGUAGCAUAUGCAGACGGCAUUGAGCUUGCGAACAGAUUGCUACAGAGGAAGCACCAAGGCACAAGCACCAUAUUUUGCGCCGCCUAUGGGAGGAGAAGAGCGUCACUUCAUGGAGCGUAGCAGGGUAUUGGACGCUCGUGAGAGGCACACUUGCCACUUGCCACUUGUUCACACCUUGAUACGUGCUCCGUGAUGCCACAUGAUGUUCAUCGAUGGCACAGGUCGGCAGCGGUCAGCCUUUCGUACCUACCAUCAACGUGCUGCGAAUGCGCGCGCGUGGCACACAUUGGUGAAGCUACUACUACUACCUAGGUAAGGUAGGUAGGUAUACAUGUAUCGAGAAGCCAUGUAGAUAGGUACCGUACAUGUAUACCUAUGUAGUCUGUCUGUGUACAUGAAACAAUGUCGUCAGAUGGACUAAGGUACAGCUCAGCAUGUUUGUGGCGCUACC